AUGAGAUUCACAGCUCAGCACCCCCUCCCCUCCCCUUCCCUCCAGGUUGCAGGAGGGCCACCCCCAGACACAGUCCGCAGGCCCAGAUCACUAGGGUUGGGCAGAGAAUCAGGGCUGGGGGCAUCUCCCCCGCCCCACAGCAAUGUCUCUCCUGAUUUUUUUUCAAGAGAAGAUUCCCAACUACUAUUGGCUCAGUCAGAAAAUGAACAGUCUAUAAAUACCCAGAGCUCAGGAAAAAAGACAAGAAAAAAAAAAAAACACGUGGGGCUGGAGAGUGGCCUCAGAAGAGUAUCGCACAGUGCGUGGCCAGCAAAGGCAGGCGACAAGUCUGUUCUCCAUCCCUUUUCUGCCAGGAGAGGGUACUGCCCCCAGGCCUGA